UAAUCUUCUGUCCGUGUAAAUUUCAGGUGUUGUAACUGAGUACAACUGUAGUUGAUUUGAAAUGCACGAAAGGCCUACUUUGUUACCAUUCAAAUGUAAAGCAGUUGUAAACAGCAAUUCGUCUCGCAUUCAAGUUCUAAAUGGGAGAUAUAUCGACCCAGAUAUCGUACAACUGAGUACAGUAGGUUCGAUUACAUACUUGAGAAAAACAUCGUAGGAAUGAACAUUUUUGUUGUAUUUAAGUGUUUAAUUUUGUUUUGGAGUGGAAGUAACGCAGAAAUGCUCACAUACAAAAUCAUGUGUGGCGAAUAUAAAAUGACGUCACAUAUUGGGGAGCUAUCGUAUCGCCCGGAAGUAAAUAUGACGCCAUCUAAGAUUUGUCGGUUCGACUUCCGGCCGGACAGGAAUGUCGUCGGCAGUGGCGGCAUCAUGUUCUACUUUACAGAACUGAGAAUGUCGCAUUCUUGCGAACGCAGUUAUUUAAAAUUCAUGGACGGCUUUGGUGGGGUCAAUGGUCUUGAGGAAAAGCUUUGCGUUGACAACGAUACCCUUCUCGACAAAAACGUGUUUUUCAUCACCAGCGACAACACACUUAGAAUAGAGUAUUCAGAUCCGUACGCUAAUAUGAGUUUUUCCAUACAGUUUUCAGCUUAUUCGAUUAAAGACUGGGACUGUGAGGGAUACAGAUGCCCGAACAAGCUGUGCGUACCGUCGGGGUAUGAUUGUAGCUCCGAAAUUCGGAUAUGCGGUGCCGCAAACAAUAGCUGUUCCAGAAAGAAAAUCUUUGUCGAAACGAUGUCUAGCAACAUCUUUGUGGACGUUUUACGAGUUAUCGGAAUUGCAAUUGCGGUGAUAGCUGGAAUACUGAUUUCAAAGAAGCUGUUCCAACAUAGAGCGGAGUAUUUGUCGAAAUGCCGCAACAGUUGUGAAUAUGGGUCUUGUGGAUUAUGCUGUUAUCAGAUAUAUGAGUGUUGCUCUCAGAAAUGUUGCAAGAAAGGACAAGAACAGCGUGAUAUCGGUGUCACCAUGACCCGGCACAGACAGUCGACGGACACAUCAACGACACGUCCAUAUCCGGAAACAGGCGAACGCAGUACAACAAUAAACAACGGAGUAUCCAGCCAAACAGCCGAGUCAUCAUCAACAAGACACAAUCCGGAAAUAGCCGAACGCAGUACAACAAUCACCAACGAAGGUUCUAGUGUUUCAAUACCGCGAGUAACUAGACGAAAUGGAAAUAACACAAGACCGGGCGUUGCAGAUGUGUCAAAUGACUAUGACCCCCCGCCAUCAUACAGUCAAUUAGAAUUGUACAGCUUGGAUAAUCAUGUGAACACUAAUGUAGAUAUACCUGCUUCAGAAACGCGACACGAUAAUAAUGGUAACAAUGUAACAUUGAGCAACGCUGAUUCCUCGAACGUGAUAACACUUGGCUCCAUUAAUAUCGAGACAGAUUUAGCCAUUGGGGCUCACGGUAGUGAAGAACAUGUACAUGAACCGGAAAUGCUGACAGAUUUUUCGGUCGAUGAUGUUUUACCCGCUGUGCCUCCACCUCCGUAUGACGAAGCCGUAGACCCUCCUUUAUAUAGCGAGGUCAUUAGCCACGAGAGCGAAUAUAUGGCGUCAAUUUAAAAACGAGUUUCUUACACGAAGUCGUCAAAAACUAAUGUUAUUUUAAAAUGGCGUAGCUUCAAAGCACUGCGAUUAACCGAAUACAUCAGUGUUGUUUAAAGUAAACGAGGGUUCGUUAAUGAUUUCAGUCGCAUUAUUAUAUGUUAAAUUGAACUAAAUGUUCAAAAAACUUAAUAUGAACGACCGAAGCCUAUUAAGAAGAUUAUAAACCGUCCUAAAAGUAAAAGAAUAAAUAUACUGAUAAGAGUGAUAACUACAAGUUUUGGGAUGUUUUAAAUAAUCAACUUGUGUUAUAUCAGGUAAUAAAGAUACACACAAAUAUUCCCAGAAGUUAGUUACCAAAAAUGUACAGAUGCACUAUCAAUAUACAUAUUUCAUCGACGUUUGGAUGUUGCAAAAUCAGUAUUAUGAAAGACUGAAAUACCAGAUGCACAAUUUUCAUUGAUAUCGAGGGUUUCUACCAAUAGUUAAAUAGGGAGUAUGAGCAAAGAAGGCGUAAGUUAGGAAUAUGAGGGGAUGUCGGACGCAACACGCCAUGCGGGCCUGGAAUACACAUUGUAAUAUCAAAGCGCCGAAAGCAUUAAAAGGCUGUUGACUAUA